AUGGAUUCGAAUAGAGGAUCACCAUGUAGUCCUAGAAGUUCUAGUUCUAGCACUGGAACAACGCCAAAGAGAAGACCUCAUAGUUGGCACAGCACUGGAGGGUCACCUUCGAAGUACAAAAAACGCCGAUCUUUAGCUCACCCACGCAAAACAAUGGACGGUCAACGCGCUUUGGAACUGAUGCCCUUACUACAAGAACGCCUGGUGGUACUGACGGGAGGCAGGGACAGGAGGGGAGGACCCGUCCUGUCCUUUCCCGCCAGUCCCAGAAGGGAAAGGGCCAAACCGGAGGAUUACAAGAGGUUGUUGCAAUAUCUCAUGUCUAUUCCAAACGACGAAGCACGCAACUUGGGCUUCACCGUUUUGGUGGACAUGCGAGGUGCCACGUGGUCGACUGUCAAGCCUAUUUUGAAGGCGCUGCACGAGCACUUUCCUCCGGGGGUGGUCCAUCAGGCCCUCAUCGUCAAGCCGGAUAACUUUUGGCAGAAACAGCGAACGUCCUUGGGCUCACAUAAGUACAAAUUUGAGACAAAUAUGAUAAGCAUAGAAGCAUUACCUAAAAUUAUAGACACAACACAGCUCACGUCAGAUUUGGAAGGAACUCUCACCUACGACCACUCCAACUGGCUUGAAACUAGAUUAGCUGUAGAGGAAUUCUCGUGGCAGGCAGCGGACCUACUGGAUCGCCUCGAUGAUCUGCAGGAAGACCUGGCGAGAAACGACUUCGCUGAUGACGUCAGCGGGGCCAAACAUAAGAUAGAUCUGCACAACGAGAUGAAGAAGAAGAUCAUGAAGGCGCCAGUGGAGGAUAUAGAUGUGUUAGGGCAACGGUUGCUACAAAACGCCUGUGGAACACACGACACGGGCCAGGGCAACGACAAAGGGGGAGGGGGUGGGAACAGUCCAGAUACAUUAAGUCCUGAUGUUCAGGAUAUUAAGAAAUUAGUUAUACAGAAUCUCGAAGCGGUCCACACCGCUCAGCAACAUUUACUUCAACUCUGGCACCAUAAAAAGGUGAAAUUGGACCAGUGCUUUCAGUUGAGACUGUUUGAACAAGACUGCGAAAAGAUGUUCGAUUGGAUCUGUCACAACAGGGACGUGUUCCUGUUGAACUACGUCGAAAUAGGCCAUACGUACCAACUCGCCAAACAAUUGCAAGAAGAACAUCAGCAUUUCACGAUGUCCUCGAUGAACGUCUACGUUAACAUCAACCGGAUCCUUAGUGUGGCCAGUCGACUGAUAGAGGGCGGACACUACGCCGCGCCGCACAUACGAUCAGUGGCGGGUCGUCUGGACAGGACUUGGAAAGAUUUUGCCGCGGGACUAGAUGAAAGGACCGCAGUGCUAGCCCUUUCCGUAAUAUUCCAUCACAAAGCCGAACAGUACGUGGAAAACGUUCCAGGCUGGAAGAACGCCAGCGAAAACAUUAACUUGCCAUCGGAAAUUAUGCUGUUGGAAAACGCCAUACACCAACAUCAGAAUUUAUACGAGUCCAUGUGCCAAGCCUACACAGAAGUUUAUAAUUCUUAUCAAUCCUUGCUGAAUGGUUUGGAUGUGAUGCUCCAAGUGUGCCAUAACUUGCCUAGCGCAGAGGAAGUUGAAAAAGAAGACAAAAUAAUAAAUGGUGAUGGUCCUAACUUUGAAAAUCGGCCUGGUGGUAAUCCAGCCGCAGACUACAGCGAAGGAGCCAGUCACGUCCUGGCUGUGAUCCAUCAAAUAUUGAACCAUCACAGGGCCUUGGAACAAAAAUGGCACGCGAAAAAGAUCAAGCUCCAUCAGAGAUUAGCGUUGAGGUUGUUCCAAGAAGACGUCAAACAAGUUUUGGACUGGCUAUCAAACCAUGGAGAAGUGUUUAUCAGGAAAAAUACAGGGAUUGGCAGAAAUCUCCAGAAAGCCAGGGUGUACCAGAAAAGCCACGAACAUUUCGAAAAUGUAGCUCAGAACACCUACACGAACGCCGACAAGCUUCUUGCGGCCGCCGAGGAGCUGGCCCACACCGGCGAGUGCGACCCCGACGACAUCUACGGCGUGGCGAGGGAGCUGGAGGCGCACGUGGCCAGUUUCGCGGCGCGCGUCGAGCAGCGCAGGCGCAGGCUGGACCUGGCCGUCCUCUUCUACACGAGGGAGAAGGAGCUGGCCGGGUGGGCGGACGAGCUGAGGCAGGAGCUGCAGCAGGAGGAGAGCGCGGCCGAGGGGCUGGACACGGUGGAAAGAUUAUUGGAACAAACUGAUCAACAUAGAGUACAAAGUCUAGAGGCCUGCUCCUCAACCAUUGCACAAGGAGAAGCAUUACUUCAAGAACUAAGAUCUAUCGGCGAAAUGGACUCUACCGGAUCCGUAAGCGCAGUGGAAUCUGCUCUAGAUCGUCUGUCCAAACAACGAAACGAUCUGGAAGAACUGUGGGCAGCUAGAAAGCUACGUUUAGACUUAUGUUUGCGGCUGAGAAUUUUCGAAAGGGACGCUUUGGAGGUAUCUUCACAGUUAGAGAUGUGGAGCGAAGAACUACAACACAGCGAACUCACAAGAGACAUAGCUAAAGCUGAGCAAUUUUUAAGGUUACAUAACGAGAGCGUCUCCCAAAUGCAAAACACUACGUACCAAGUUCUCCAGCAAGGUCAGGAGCUAGUCCAAGUAUUCGAAAAUUCGGGCAUAUGCGUGAUGGCAGAUGCCCAAUACAACGCCCAGACCCGGGUCCAAGUCCUCUUAGAGUUCCUACAUGACAGAGAAAUGGACCUGGAAGAUCUAGCCGAAGUCAAACGAGUGAAAUUGGAACAGUGCAUCCAACUAGGACAAUUCCAGAACGAUGCUAACCAAGUUAUUAGCUGGAUACGAAACGGUGAAUCAAUGCUAAUGGCCAGUUUUACUAUUCCGAAUAGUCUAGCUGAUGCGGAGUUGCUUAAGAAAGAGCAUGAACAGUUCCAAGUGGCCAUAGAGAAGACACACACGUCGGCGGUUCAAGUGAGGUACAGGGCCGAUGCGUUGAUUAAUGGAAACCAUUACGAUCCUCAGAGUAUUCGAGAUAUAUCGGAGGAAGUGACCAAAAGGUGGCAGCAGUUGGUGACUUGCGCAGAAGAACGUCACAAGCUCGUUACUGCAAGUUUAAACUUCUAUAAAACGGCGGAGCAAGUUUGUUCAGUGUUGGAUAGUUUAGAAAGAGAAUACAGAAGAGACGAAGAUUGGUGUUCUACCGGCCAACCUAAUGUAGAUAAAACCACAGCUAUUUCGCAACUCAUCAACAAACACCAAGAACAGAAAGAGGCAUUCUUGAAGGCUUGCACGUUGGCUAGAAGAACAGCAGAAACAUUCUUGAAGUACACCACCAGGAGCCUUCAAUUUUACAAUUUUCCUAACACUGGCACCAACCACGAGACCAGAGUCAAGGGUAUUUUGGAGAAACUACUCAGUCAAGAAAAUAAAGUGUUAGAACACUGGACUCAACGAAAGAAACGCUUAGAUCAGUGCCAACAGUUUGUUUUGUUUGAAAGAUCGGCGAAACAGGCUAUAGAAUGGAUUCAUGACACUGGAGAGUGCUAUUUAACCACCCAUGCCACGAAUUUAGGUAAUAAUAUUGAAGAAACGGAAAGCCUUCUUAGAGAGCACAACGAAUUCAAAGGCACUGCCAAAGAAACCCGAGAAAGGGUCAAGUUGCUGAUUCAGCUUGCGGAUAGUUUAGUCGAAAAAGGUCACGCUCACGCCAGCGCCAUCAAACAGUGGGUAGCCGCGGUAGAUAAUCGGUACAAAGAUUUCAGUUCUCGUAUGGAACAGUAUCGCCAACAGUUAGAAGAAACUUUGGGCAUUCAAGAGGAGGAAUCAGAAAAGAAAGAACUCUCGAUUGACAGAAAUUCUGACCCAAGUCUUGAAGCAAAAGUCAAGGAAGCCGCUGCGAAAGAUUUGAAGGAGUUGAACGAAGAGAAGCGGCGAUCUGCCAGGAGAAAGGAGUUUAUUAUGGCUGAACUUCUCCAGACUGAGCGAACGUAUGUCAAAGAUCUGGAAACUUGCAUCAGGUGCUUCUUGAGUGAGACCAGAAGUAAUAAUAGCGUUCCUACGGCUUUACAGGGUAAAGAAGAUAUAAUUUUCGGCAACAUGGAGGAAAUCUACAAUUUCCACAACUCCAUCUUCCUCCGAGAACUGGAAAAAUACGAAACGAUGCCAGAAGACGUCGGACAUUGUUUCGUCACGUGGGCUGUUAAGUUCGACAUGUACGUUCACUACUGCAAGAACAAACCUGAAAGUAACAGUUUACUAGUACAACAUAGCGGUACUUACUAUGAAGACCUGCAAAAGAAACAUAAAGUGGAGCAUCCUAUAGCAGCAUACCUUAUCAAACCGGUUCAAAGAAUAACGAAAUAUCAGUUACUGUUGAAAGACCUGCAGAGUUGCUGUAACGAAGGUCAGGGGGAGAUAAAGGAUGGUUUGGAGGUUAUGUUGAACGUUCCUAAGAAAGCUAACGAUGCUAUGCACUUGUCUUUGCUGGAAGGUUGUGAUAUUUCAAGUGAUAAAUUAGGGGAAGUUGUACUUCAAGAUGCCUUUCAAGUUUGGGACCCAAAACAGCUUAUAAGAAAAGGUCGGGACAGGCAUAUAUUCUUAUUUGAAAUGUACCUUCUAUUCACAAAAGAAGUCAAAGAUUCGGCCGGUAAAGUCAAAUACAUUUACAAGAACAAACUAAUGACUUCAGAACUGGGCGUAACAGAACACAUGGAAGGUGACGAAUGCAAGUUCGCUGUUUGGACAGGAAGAGCACCCAUUUCCGACUACAGGAUUGUCCUGAGAGCGUCCGGUCUAGAAAUUAAACAACUGUGGGUUAAGAAAUUGCGCGAGGUCAUCCAGGAAACCUACUUCAGUGCCGCUCUGCCCCUUACCUUGCCUAAAAGUCCCGCGAAAUUGAAGACUCACAGUCAACGAUCUAGCAGGGAUAUGGAAGAGUGUAACUCUUUAGAUGAGAGUGUGGAGAAUCUAGAUAGGAACUCCUUGACAUCCUUUGGCUCAGGAAACACAACAGACUCAGAUAAGACUGGCGUCCUAGAAAUGACGUGGGUGAUGUCGGACUAUGCAGCUUCCAGUCCGCAAGAACUGACCGUCUCCAAGGGACAACAGGUGGAGGUCGUGGAGGUGUGUGCUGCGCGGCCGGACUAUUGUCUGGUGCGCAUGCCCACAAGGGGCUCCGAGGGACACCAGGAGACCGUGCCGGAGGGUUUGGUACCGUUGGCGGUGCUCAAGCAACCUCCCCAGCCCAGAGGAUCGCCAUCUAGGAGGGUACCGCAGAAUGUCGAUCACGAAGUUCCAGAAACUACCCAGAAUGAUACUGCCGUAGUCAACACUUCUUCUCCUGUUAAUAAAAGAAGAGGAUUUAGUGGGAGAAAAUGGUUACCGCCACCUUUACGUAAACUCUCCCAAGGAAAAGUCGACAAAACACAGGGUCCUCUCGAUUCCAAGCCGCCUUUGAAGAAGACUGGCUCAGAUAAACGAAUCAAGGUUCCCACGACAGACAUGGGCAACAACAAAUCGUCCGUGUCCGAGGGCGAAGAGGAAGAUGACAGAACCGCUCCGCUUAAAGGUGCCAAAUCUCUCGGUUCCGAGAUCACCAACGGCGACGAAGGUGACGAGGGCGAAUGCGAACUACCCCCGCCCAUGAAACCGAUCCAGGAACCCAUUCUGGUGCCGCAAGCGCCGCCUGGCGUUCCGGGGGUGCCGGAAAUAGAAGAGAAUCCUGGAAAAAGGGUCUCUGGUCUAACUAUAAAGUCGCUAGAGGGAGCUACUUCAGCCGAUCUCGCAGAAAUCGAACAGAUCGUCAAAGAACGAAUGGAACAACAUUCGGAAAAUAAAGAAAGACAUUCCGCGCUGAGAAACACGCGCAGCUCCGAAGCGCUGUCCGACUUCGGCCUGGACGGUCAGCACAAAGACCUUUCGGCUCAGUGCUCUUCGAACGAAGCUGCUUCUCUAGCCUUCAGCGGCGACGAGAGCGAUAAACAGAUCGACGCAGUGGAUAAUGCGAAGAAAAUCGAAUCCUGGCUGAAGAAGAGGCACUACGUGCUUCAAGAACUGAUAGAUACCGAAGAAGCGUACGUCAGAGACCUAUCUUUGAUCGUAGAUGGAUAUAUUGCAACCAUGAGAGACCCAGACUGUGAAAUCCCCAUGCCGGACGAUCUGCGCGAAGGCAAAGACAAGAUGGUGUUCGGGAAUAUCGAAGCCAUCUAUGACUGGCACAAAAAUCAUUUUCUCAAAUCCCUAAAAGCUGCUGUAGAGAACCCUGAAGAACUAGCCCAAUUAUUUAGAAGGUACGAGAGGAAGUUACAAAUGUACGUGAUAUACUGCAAGAACAAACCUAUAUCUGAAUAUAUCGUCGCAGAACAUCUCGAUAACUACUUUGAAGAGCUCAGGGUCAAACUUGGUCACAAACUUCAGCUUUGCGACCUACUGAUCAAACCAGUACAAAGGAUAAUGAAGUACCAGCUCAUGCUAAAAGACAUUUUAAAGUACACAGAAAGAGCCGGUAUCCAAAAUGAAAUAGAUCCACUGAGAGCUGCUUAUAGCAUCAUGGUCGUGGUUCCAAAGAACGCCAACGACAUGAUGGAUGUUGGAAGACUUCAAGGGUUUGAAUCUGGAAAAAUAACAGCCCAAGGGAAGUUACUUCUACACGGUCUGCUGAUUGUAUCAGACCUUCCAGGAAUCAAUCAAGCCAUCGUUGGAAAGAACAAAGAACUACAAGUGUUUUUGUUUGAGCAGAGCAUUAUAUUUUCGGAAGUUGUAGGAAAGAAGUCUCAGUUCACUAGUCCUCAGUACUUGUACAAAGCUCACAUACAGGUGAAUAAAAUGACAUUGGACGAGUAUCCUAACCUCAAAGACGUCAAGGACGAGGGCAGCUUCGUCGUUAGAUCUGACGGAAAGAACUCCACCGACGUAUACAACGCGCCAUCCAUCGGAUUCGUAUGCCUUGCCAGCAGCGACGAACUGCGAAGCCAGUGGUUGAAAACCAUCAAGGACAUCCUACAGACUCAGAAAGACUUUCUCAAGGCCAUCCAGAGCCCUAUCGCGUACCAGAAGGAACUGACUAAGGAAUCAUCAUUAUUUCCAUGGGAGUUCUCUAGCAAGUCUGUGGAUCACAGUCAGGAAAAUUCUCCAGUCAAAACGCCUAGGAAACCGCCUCAGUAUAUUCACAAGGCUAAUACUAUUGGGAUACCGUCAGAAAAUGAUAUUACCUCCAGCGAGAACUCUGAUAGCAAGAACAACAACAAAACACCCAGAAGACAUUUUUUCGACGGAUUUAGAAGUACGUUGAAGAAUAGGCACAAAAGUGACACUAUGGUAAUGAGUCAAGAUAAAGAAGACAUUCACAGAAGAUGGAGCGAAGCGCAACCACCGUAUGAAAACCACAUUUUGGCGCCCGGAACACAAGCUAGGAUAAUUCGUGAGUACCCAAAGGUGAAUUUAGGCGAAGUUGUCACUAUAAUCAAAUACGACGCCAACAAGGGAUAUCUAGUAUGCGUAAAUGUUGUACGAGAAAAAGUAUGGCUGCCUGCCUAUGUAAUAUCCAAUCCUUCUCAGAAGCCAUGGAAUUUCAGAUUUAAGAAACCACCAAGAACCUUGCCCACCAACGGAAAUAUACCAGAGAGCCCUCAAGAAGGUCCCGUUCCAGAUAUAACCGAUCGCCUUCAAGAUCUAGUGGUACAAGCCGGCUCAAAAAUCGUCCUUUGUUGUCGAAUUCGAGGUCACACCCCUCACUGCAGACAAAGCUGGAAAAAACUUGAACCUAACCUCUGCAUCCUUCGAAACGGUCGAUUUAUGAUGGAGCCCAACGGAGAAGGCGUGGCUCUUUUAACCCUGGACAACGCCAAACCGUCUGAUUCCGGUACUUACUCGUUCACUAUUGCCAACGAAUAUGGUUCUGCGAGCUGUUCUUGCGUGGUGUCUGUAACAGGCGGUCCCGGGGUCUUGGUCGAACCGACAAUUCAAGUUCUAUCAUCGACCAGUGUUCAACUGGACUGGGACAACCCUCAGAAAACGCCUUAUUACGUGGAACAUUGUAAAUUGGGGUCCGGAGAAUGGACUUCGCCGUCAAAAAGUGUCAUUACUGAAAGUACUUACGUUGUUGAUGACUUGGUGCCGGGGGAGACUUACAGUUUUCGAUUGGUAUCCAGUCAGACGAAAGCAGUGAGUCUGCCUAGCGUUGCUGUGACGUUGCCUAUCGGUGAUAACUUACUGUGGCAGCAGGAGCAAUUUAGAAGGAGGUAUAUGGAAUUGGAAGAGAUUAGCAGGGGGAGAUUUUCUAUAGUACGGCUUGCAAAAGACAGAGGUACAAACGUCGAAGUUGCUUUGAAGCAAAUUACUAGAAGGAAGCAGGCUCACCAAGUCACGCAGGCAGAGUAUGCUUUACUAGCGGGUAUGGAACAUCCGAAUAUCAUCCGAUCUCUCGCAUUAUUUGACAACGCUCCUGUACCAGGAAUAGACACUAUAGUUUUGGAACUUGUGAGAGGGCCACUUUUAUUUGCAUCAUUAAGUGAACGGGGAGACUAUUUGGAGGGAGAUGUCAGAUUGUAUACUCGGCAACUAAUGUCAGCUUUGGCUUGGUUGCAUAGAAAAAAUGUCUCACAUUUGGAUGUUAAGCCAGAGAAUGUCAUGGUUGACAUUACUUUCAGUCCGCCUCUGUUGAAGCUAGUCGACUUUGGAGAUUCAGUCAAUACCACUAAAAAUGUGAUCCUUCCACCUGCUUGUUUGGAGUUCGCCUCUCCAGAACUUGUUUUAGGCCAGCCUGUAGGAAAGCACACUGAUUGCUGGGCAGCAGGAGUAUUUUUGUAUGUUUUGUUGAGUGGUGUAUCUCCAUUCCUGGAUGACUCCAUGGAAGAAACGACAGCCAACAUUCUCAAAUGCGACUACUGUUUUCCUGACGAGUAUUUUGCACAGAUCACGGAACCAGCAAAGGACCUAAUUAAAAGUUUACUAGUACUUGCGCCUGCGCAAAGAAUGGACAUGGACACCGCGUUGACAUGCUCUUGGAUUAGAGAUGAACAUUUGGUUACAGUAAUCCCGUGUUCGAGACUGAAGACAUUUAUGCAGAGAAGACACCCUGUAAAUAUAUCCACCACGCCUACUAGCCCUGUAUACACGGGGGAGCAUAUAUUUUAAAAAUCGAUUGUGAUAAUAGUUUUAUUAUAUUUAAGUUUCGCUUAAGACGCUUCAUGAUUUUAUUUAUAUAUAUUUUAGCAAAGUUUUAUAGAUAAUGCAAAUCGACAAUCAAAAUUGUUUUAUGAGGAAUGUAUUAAAAUUUUUAAAUUAAGACAAAACCGCUAUUUUGUGAUUUUUUAAACUUUUAUUUUAAUAAAGUUUUAUAAUUU